UGUUGCAAUCACAAACAAUUAUAAUUUCGUAUUUCGUGAAUUUCCAAUUACUUUCUUUUGUUGUGAAUUGUUUUCUGUGCUGAUGUGAAUGUAAAAUUGAGGCAAGUUUUCAAAUUUCUAUUUAGGGCGAUCACAAAAAGUAAGGAAAUGAUACCACAUGUAACUAAUUCGGACGAAAACUUGGACGAAACGGACGCAAAGUUUCAGUUUACAAGUUUGAAAAUACCAUGGUACGAACACAUACUGCUGAACAGACCGCUCAAAGUGGUGCUGGCUAUGAUCAUCUCCGCAGUCGCGAUACCGCUGUUAAUCUACAACUUUUACUUCUUCACAACUUUUGACAUGCCGCCCGACGCGUACUCCGUCGGAACUUGUUUAAUACCCCGUGAGAACAGAAUACCCUGUGGCAUUGGCAACGUGCCUCAGGAGGAAUGCCACUCCCAGUGCUGUUACGACCUGAGCAGCCACUACUGCUUCCACCGCGUACCCUCGAGAUUCUCCUACAUCAGCGCCCAGCCAUGGCACGAGGACGUCCGAAUCUAUCCCCGAGUUUCCACAGUACCAUACAACUUCCAAGACAGUCUACCCAACAUCAAACUGUCGAUCGAUGAGAGAUCGGACACGCAUAUCGUGCUACACAUCUACGACCCAACAAAGCGGUCCUUUACCGGCAAUAGAUUGGACCAAAAGGAAUAUGUUUACGAGGUGUCAACACCAGAAAUGGGUAUCGUCGUAAAUUCCACAAGAGGAACGAUAUUCAACAUGGCGCGCGGCCCGCUUAUAGCCUCCCAAAAUAUCUGGGAGACCUCGUUUAUAUUGACGAACGAGUCGAUGUAUGGCUUGGGUGAAAUACCUCUGAGGGUAAACGUUACCAAAGUUUUGUAUAACAAUGAUAAGGGCGUGGCGGGCGUUCCUCUCAUUUUCGCGCGAGUUGAGGGGCGGUAUCACGGGCUUUUGAUAGAGAGUGAUGACCCGACGGAGAUCUCGGUUCACGGGGAGAACAGAAUAGUGGUGAGGAGUAUCACUAACUUGGGGUUCACAUUCCACCUAUUCGUGGGACCGAAACCGAGGGACGUCAUGCAGGAUGUCAUGAAGAUCAUCGGUGGCAGUAACAAGUUGGAGUAUUGGAUGCUCGGCGCUCAUGUCUGCAAUGAGUUACCAGAGGAAGAUCUUACCAGUUUCCUAGCCAAGGCAGCUGCUGAAAGUUUGCCGUACGAGAGCAUUUGUGGCCAUGGACCACUGGUCUUCGACAGCAAUCAGUGUAGAGACAAUAUCACGAACACAGACUUCGAGGAUGGAGCCAACCUGGUCAGAAGAAGCAACAAGCGAUUUAUACCACACAUUUCUCCUUAUAUUCGAUACCAUGGUGAACUUCAAAAUAGCAAUGAAACAGAAAACACUACAGAAACAGAGAUGCAACAAGAUAUAGAAGAAGAAAAUAAUGACGUAAAUAGCACAACAUGUGGUAUUUUACCUAAUUUUAAAAACAUCAUACUACGUGACAGUGAAACUUUGGAUAUAUAUAAAGGAGUAGUUGAUAAUGAAGAAGUAAUAUACCCGAACUACGAAGAUGCAUCUCAUUACUUCAUGGAAGACCUAUGGCCAUUUGAGGUUACCCCUGAUGGGAUUAUAUUAGAGAACAAUUGGCCUUACGAUGAAUCAGAGAAAGUCUUGAAUGAAACUGGACUGCCUUAUUUUAGCAAAGAUUUUCAAUUAGCAUUCAACAAGACUCCGCAAUGGAAUUUAGUUCAUUCAACUAGCAAUAAAUCCUAUCUUUUCGAGCACCAGAACUAUGGAAAUAAUUUCGUAAAUGUAUUCAGAGAACUUUUCAACGAAUCAAUGAUUUGGUCGAGCAGCCAACGGAUGCAGGGACAAAUAGGAAUUAAUAGACAAAAGAUUGAUAUAUCCUGGACUAAUCUCAGGAAAGAACUAGUCGAAGCUGCUUUAGGUGGAAUAUCAGGUCACUGGUUUUGGUCUACGCCGGUUUGUGGCGACACUGAAGCAUUCGAUAUAGAGACUCAUGCAAGCCUAUGCGUAAAAUGGUACAUGGCAGAAACGUAUUUUCCCAUGAUAAAGAUACACUCGAAAUCCAACCCCAGGCAUCCAUUAGCAUUUACCGGAACCCACAAAGCAUUGAUACUUAAAGCGCUAAACGACAGAAUAAGCUUCCUACCACACUUCUAUACUAUUCUGCAGAAAGGUCCUUUGCUACGACCGAUGUUUUAUCAGUUUCCUGAAUCUGAGAUUCUUCAAGACCUGAGUACUCAAUUUAGUGUAGGCGAUGACCUACUUAUAGUCCCCAAUUUGGAGCCAAGCCAAAGUCAUGUCCACGUUUGGAUGCCUCCUGGCACUUGGUAUGAGUUUUGGAGUGGAAUGAAGCUGACUGCUGCGGAAGGAGAAGUAGUUACUCUUACUACUACCGAAUCUGACUUCCUUACUCUUAUACGAGGAGGCUCCGUUGUAGCUAUUCAACAGGAUACGAGAGAUUCAGUCGAACAAACGCGAUGGCUUUCCAGUUUCUCAAUAAUCAUAGCAUUAGAAAGUUUCAACGAAACCUUUGGAGCCAAUGGAAGUCUAUACAUAACAGACAACAUGACACUAAAUUUUCAGGCAAAUUCCCAGAAUUUUACCAUCACGGCUACUGGAGAUGAUUUUGAUCCAAUCUGUGAUUGGUUUGGGGGCACCUGGGCCUACGAUAUAAGGAAAAUUAGGGUCUACGGUCUUGAAGAUGAGUUCAAUAAUUUUGACAAUCAUAGGGAAAUAACUAGUUUUGUAGAUAUAUGCCUUUUGGAGACGAGGGACGAAAUUGUUGUUGAUUUAACAGCAAAUUAGGAUACGGAAAGGCUUCAGGCUUCCGUCUCGAAAUCAGCAGGCAGCGGGGCGGGAGCGGCAGCGAUGCGUGACAAUGUAUAGAUUUUUAUGGAUAAGCCGUACAAUAUGCUGCGCGGCGACCGGCUUUCAAGGCCUAUCCAUAUAAAUCUAUACACUGUCCCACUCCUGCCCCGCUCGUUUCAAGACUGAAGCCUUAUUAUUUUGGAAUGUGUUACGAGAACCUUUUAUUACGUAACGCCUAAUUUAUUGGUUCAUUACAAACUCUUUGUUCUAGUCUGCGCGAAAUAUCGUAUGUAGGUUAAUAAAAAUAUUGUUUUAUUUC